AUGGGGGAUAAGAAACGUAUAGAAAAAAAAGAAAAAAAAAAGAAAAAGAAAAAGAAUGAGUUAGACACGGGGUUUGUAAACACAUCGAAUUUAGAUGUAGACGAAGAAGCCAAAAAUAUUGAAAGAAACACAAAUAGAGAUAUAUCAAAUAAUAAGACAUUAUAUAACAUUGACUUGAUUCAUCCUGAUAGUAUAAUAAGUGAUACAAAAGAUGGCAUACAAAAUUCAACUAGUAACACAAAAAGCAAUUUAACAAACAUAACCAUAAAAGAUGAAGAUGAAAAGUCGAAUACGUUAUGUCAUUCUACAGAUGAUUACGAUAAUUUUUUGUCUACUAAUAAAUAUAAAUUAACAAAUAUUAAAACUAGUGAAAUAUUUGAAAAAAACUUUUUAGUAAAUGAAAAUGAUAAUUAUUCAGUAGACAAUCAGCGAUCUUGUGAUAUAGAAGGACGAGAAAAUGAUGAAUUAAAGGGGUUUAAUAAUAGCACCAAAAUAUUGGAAGAUAUAGAAAAAUUUAAAAAUAAAAAAAAGGAAAUGAACAAAGAAAUUUUUAAUAUUGAGAAUAAAACCGAUGCCAAAGAAACCAUAAUUUUAAAUAAUGAUAAUGAAAAGAGUCCUACUAAUAUAGAAGAAAAGGAGACUGUUUCAUAUAAAUUAAAGAAAAAAAAGAAAAUAGAUAAAUAUAAUAUUAGUGCUGAAGAAAAGGACAAACUUAUGAAAAAAUAUAUGGUAAGACUUGAAGAACAAUACAAAAAGAAAAAGGAAGAUGAUUUGAAAAAUGAAAUUAAUGAAAAAAAAGAAGAAAUAAAAGAUUUGCAAGAAAAGGAUAAUAGAUUUAUUAAUUAUUUAAAAAAUCCACGAUUGAAUUUAUCAAGAAAUGAAGAUUUAAAUGAUUAUUUGUGUAUCGAUCCAUUAACAAUAUAUUUUACAGAUGUAAUGAUAAAUUCAACGCGAACAGCAGAUUUGUUAAUUACAAACAAAAGCAAUACUUUACUUCACAUUAUUAUAGUUCCUCCUUCAAUGAAAUGUUUUUUCAUAAAAGACAUAAUUAAUGUGUAUAACAAAAGUGAGGAAUCCUCAAAAAAUACAUUAAAUCAUCAAAUUGCCCCAGGACAUUCCAUAAAGAUAAAACUAUGUUAUAAUGUUUUGACCUUAAAUCACCUAAGGGAUAGUAUAAAAAUAUUAUCAGAGGCAGGAAGCCAGGAAAUACAAAUAAAAGUAUUUCGAUCUCCACCAAAAUUAGAGUUUCCUAAAACAAUAAAUUUUGGUCUAAUUCGAUCUAACGAGAAGAAAAACAAAUCGUUUACGAUUAAAAACAAAGGAAAUGAUGUAAAUGUACUUAUAUUGCCAAAGAGCUUAUUUGAGUUUUAUGAAAAAAAGAAAAAUAUCGAAAAGGAAGAAAAUAUUUUAAAUUUGUUAACUAAUAAAAAAAACGACAAUGAACCUAUAAUAGAAAUAAAAGAAAAUAACGAAAGUUAUUAUAUGUAUAAUAAUAUUAAAAGUUGUUCAUAUAAUUUUCUUUUCUUAUACAAAAAAUUAGUUACCAAUUUUGAUAAUUUAUAUUUUGAAAAUGUAUUACAAGACUUAUAUUAUUUUAACUUGAAAAGUUCCGAAGAAAAAUGUGUUAAUUUUUUUUUUAAAAGUGGGAAAAUAGGGGCAUAUGAAAAGAAAUACUAUAUUAUACCAGAUAUUGAUAGUGAAUUUUCUGAAUUAGAAGAUCGAGAAAAAUAUAAUUUUAUUAAUUACAAAGGGUGGAAUAUUUUUGAAUUUUGUGUUAAGGUUAUUGUUGAACCCAUAUUGUUAAAUUUGGUUCGCAUCAAUAAGAGGAUAGCAAGAGAUUUGUAUGAAUAUCAACUUUCGAAAUGUUUAGAAAAUCAACAAAAAGACAAAUUAGAUUAUUUUUUUUAUAGCAAUGCAGGAAACUCAUACAAGUUUUCAGAUAUUCAAGUGAACAGUGGGUAUAACUUCACUGAACUAGAAGUUGUAAACAACGGAUUAAUUGACUUGAACAUAUCGUGCUACAUAUAUGUUAACGAGAAUCCAGAAAGUAAUAAAAUAGUUUUGGAGAAAAAGAACAAAGGGACAUAUUAUUAUGAAGAAUUUUUUGAUCCUGAAUUUGCUGACUCUUUAUAUGAGAACAGUUCGAAAAUGAAAUAUUAUAAAGAACCAGGAAAAAUAAAAGUAGAUAAAUAUUCGGAAAAAAAGAAAAAAAAACGAAAUAAGAAAAAAUGUUUGUGCCCAAUUUACAUUUAUCCAAAAAGUUUUGUUUUGUCAUAUAAAAAACCAAAAAAAAUAUACAUUAUUUUUAAGCCUAAAGAUAAACAUAAAAAUUACAAAAAUUACCAUUUCGUAUUGAUCAUUAAAAAUGUAUGCAAAGGAUCUGAUGUUAAUAUCGAAAAUUUGUUGGAAAUUGAUAAGAAACAAGAAGAAAAAGAAAGCAAUGGUUUUCCUUUAGUAUGCGUAAGAGAAAACAAAAUAAUAGAUAACAAGAAAUGGAAUGAACAAUUUGGAAAUAAUUUUUCAAGAUAUGAAUAUUCAUCUUCAUCAUUGUGUAAAUCGUAUUCAAGUUGCUCUGAAAUUAAUGAAGAAGCGAUAAAAAAAAAGCAGAAAAAAAAACAAAAAUUAUUUAACAAAAAAAAUAAGACAACAAAUUUUAUAGGUAUGUAUAUAAAUAUAUAUGCUAAUAUAAUUGAACCAAGUAUAAAUAUAAAGUCAGAAAAACUAUCAAAAUGUUUUGUGUUAAAUCCGUUAUUUUUAUAUAAAUCCAGUUUUACUAUAAAAAAUCAAAAUGAUUUUUAUAUUAAUUAUCGUUUUGAAGAUGUUAUUAAGUUGAAUGAUUCAUCUAAAUGUGAUAUAAAAGUUUGUUCAAAUGAAAUUGUAAAAGAAUUACAAAAAAAUGAUCAGAAUGAAUUACUAGGAUGCAAAGAAGAAGAAAAAAUUCCAUCAUCUUCUGAAAAAAUGGAGGAUAAACAAAGAGAUGAGGACAGUUAUAAAAAUGAUGAAGAUGCACAAAGAUUAAGCAUGAUUUCAGACUGCAUAGAAAGGGGGAUUUGCUACUACGAUUAUUAUGAUGUAUUAAAUGAAAUAAAAUUACUAAAUGAAAAGAAGAAAAAUAGAAAAUAUAUAAAGAAAAAUGUUAUAAGAAAAAAAACAAAUAAAGAUAAUUCAAAUAGUGCAAAUAGAAAUGAAACAAAUAAUGACAACCCAUUUGAUUGUAAACAGAAUUUAGUAUUGAAUGAUGGAGACCAAAUGGAAAAUAGGAAGUGUGUGAAAAGUGAUAUGCAUAAUAAAAAAGAAGAUGCAACACCAUUGGGGGAAAAAGAGGACUUAUAUUACAACUUGAACAAAAAUUUUAUAAAAUAUUUUUAUAACAAAGGAAAUAAUGAUAGUGUCCGAGUAUAUGUAUUGAUAAAAAAUGUAGUGAGCAAAAAACAAAUAGACAUAAUGAAUAAAUUAGAAGAUGAGCAGAAAUUAAGAUAUAAAGAAAGAAGGGAAAUUGGAGAACAAAAUUUAUAUAUAAAUGAAAAAAUAAAAAAUAGGAAUGGAAAUUAUUUAAAAACGAAAAAUGAGGAAUAUUAUUUAUUGCCCCAUGAAAAAAAGAAAAUCGUUUUAUACUUUUUAGUUAACAAAUACGGAUAUCACAAAAUAAAUACAAACAUGAUUUUCUACAUGGGUAAUUAUAAAAUUAAAAAAGAAAUAAAAUGUAGUAUAUUAACGAAGUGCAGAGGUAUAAGUAUAAAUCAGACAGAUUUUACAUUUGAAAAUAGUUACUCACAUUAUGGGUUUUGCAAUAUUGUAAAAAUAAAUAAUCUUGACAAAGAUUUAAAAUUAAUUCGUUUAGAAGAUUUAUACAAAAAUAAAAGUAUUAGCAAUAUAGAUGACAAAAGUAACAAAGACAAUAGUAGUAAUAAUAAUAAAUAUGGAUUUAUAACAUUAUACAUUUUUUAUCGUAACGUCUUUAAUAGCAUGAAGAAGGUAAAAAAAAAUGAGCUAAUAAAAAAAUCCGAUCUUAUAUAUAAUUUCAAAGACGGGUUUCAUAAAAUUAUAGAUGAAAAAAUGGAUAAGAAUUGUAUAAAAAAGGAAAAUGAUUUUUAUAACUGUAAUAAAUGUAAAUGUCUUUUUAAAUAUGACAAUUGUAUUUAUUAUUUAAGUAAUAUUUUUUCGAAUUUUAGUAAAGAGUUCGACAUUUUUUUUAAUUAUUUGAAUGGAGAAAAAUACAUAAUACACAAUAUGGAAAAGUAUAAAAGCGUAAAGCUUGAAGACAACGAUGAAAAAAUAUCGUUGAAUACAAAUGAUUUUAAUCAAAAUUUUAAACGAAUUUAUAAGCAUCAUGAAUAUAAAUAUGUAUAUAUACAUGAUGAUAAAAUAUAUUUUAAGGACAAUCUUAUAGUAUAUCCUUCAAACUUGCUAUUAUUACCAUUGAAGGAAACAUUUUUUGUUUUCUUUUUCUUUUUCUCACAUGCAAAUAGAAUAAGCCUCCCCUUAAAAGUGAAAUGGGACUCAUUUUAUGAAGAUAUUUUCAUGGAAGGUACAAGUAAAAAUCAUAAUAUUAAAAUUACAUACGACAAAAAAUAUCAAGACAAAACGGAUUUUAUGAAUAAUGAAAUAAUAAAAGAGAAGAAUAUGAAGGGGAAUGAAGAAAAUAAUAAAGAAACGAAAGAUAAAUAUAUUGGAAUUUGUAGUGACAUUUUUUAUGUAAACCUUGAAAAUUUAAAUGAGCUAAAUAUUUGGUAUGAAUUAAGUGAAAUAGAGACUGGUAAUUUCGAAUAUAACUAUCACAAAAAGAAGUAUAUAUUAAUUAACAAUUGCAACCCCAAACUAGAUUACUAUUACAAAGAUUUUGAUAGUUUCAUAAAAGUAAACAAUUUAGAAAAUAAGUUAAAAAAUAAGCUAUCAAAAUGCUAUUUAAUAAAAGGAGAAAAAAACAAUAAGGAUAAAAAUAAUGCGGGUGUUAGUGAAUUGGAAACAGUAGAAGGAGACCCUAAUAUUUUGAAUACAAAUAAAGAAAACGCAUUAGAUGCAAUUCAUGCUUGUAUUGUUACAGAGGACAAUAUUUUACAUAAAAUAGAUGGGAAAAAAACAAAAAGACAUGGAUUUCGAUUAUUGGUAUUUCAUGAUAAUAAUUUAACUAAAGACGAAAAUUUUAUUAAAUUGAAAUUUUCAAUUAAUUUAAAAUAUUUUAACUAUUGUAAAAUUAUAAAAUUUCGAUCAUAUUUUUUUGUACAUACAUUUGAUUUUAUUUUAAUUAAUGAAAACAAUUUGUUAUUAUCUUUAUUCGAUUAUAUGCAAAAUGCUAUUUGUGUAUCAAAAGGUGAAUCAUUGGGGAAUGCAAACAAUAAUAGCGAAAUUGAACAGAUAAAAGAAAAUAAGAGAGGCUCAAAAGGAAGAAAGUUAGGUUCAAGCAUGAAUGACUUAAAAAUUUGUAAAGCAAAUAAGAGAAAUACGAAAGGAACAGAUAUUAAAAAUGGAGAAGGGGAUCAAAUUGAUGUAUUUGUAAAUAAACUGAUAGAUGAUUUAUCUCUUAUAAAAAUAAAAGAUCAUGAUAAAUCUAAGGAGAAAGAGAAAGGAAAUAUGAAAGAAAUAAAUGAUUUUUUUAAUUUGAAUAUUGAUAAGAAUAUGUUUGACAAAUUGCAAAAUUAUAUUGAUGAAAUACGUCAUGAUUUUGACGGUAAUAUAGAAUCGUGUGCAGAGAUAAAUGAAAAUAUUCGAAAUAAAGAUCAAGAGGAAAAAGAUAGCAAUAAAAAUGAAGGGUGCAACGAAAAUUUUAAUGAUGCAGACAGAAAUCCAAAUAAAUUGAUACUGGAAAAAAUAGACAAAUUUAUUUGGGUGCAAAAAUUAUUAAAUUGUUUAAACAACAAAUUAGAUUAUGAUUUAGUAGAUUUUGUAAAGAAAAAUAAUAAUGAAUUAUUCUACAAUUAUGAACAAGAGGAUGAUAUAUUAAGAAAUGAUGAAAAAGAUAUAAUAGUAAAAAAUACAAAAGAAAGACAUGAAAAUAAACUUGGUAUGUAUUCACUUAAAAAUUACUGUUAUAAUUUAAAUAAUGAAAAUGAUGUAAUAUAUAUAAUAAUAAAUAACAAAAAUAAAGUCGAUUUAAACUUAAAUGUAAGUUGUCCUAGUUCUAUAAAUGAUAAUUUAAAAAACAUAUUUAAUAUAUGUAUAAAUAAUUUAAUUAUGAAAAAGGAAUGGCAAGGACUAGAUAAUUUUAUAAAAGAAUCCAAUUUGGAAAAAAGCAAAUAUAAGAAAAUGUGCAACGUGGAGAAUAUAACAUAUGGAAAUCAUGAUAAAUUAAACCAUUUAAAUAAUAAAUAUAAGAUAAAAAACGAAGAGCAUUAUUAUAAUUUUUUAAAUAAUAUAUUAAAUGAAAAAAGAGAAUAUUGUUUAAUGCUAAAAAAUAAUUUAUUCUUAGAUUUUGUCCUUUUUAAAGAUACAGUAUGCUCUAUGAAAAGCGCAUUUAUUAAGAUUUAUCUAUAUUCAGAUAAUAUUAAUAUGUAUAGAGACAAAAUAUUUAUAAAUUUAAGUAAAAGUGAGCAAAUUUGUAAUAUGUCAAUUAAUUCUGAGAUCAAAUCACUACAUUUGUUAAACCCUUAUAAAGUUACAAAAAAUGGUGAUAAAUGCAUAUUUAUUAAUUCUAUUUAUAUAAAUAAAGACAUUUUAAAAAAUUACAAAGCUUUGGAGAAAAAUGAAUUCAAUGAAAAUAUAUGUAAAUGCUUUGAAGAAAUAUUAAAACCAUAUGAAAUUAUAUUGCUUAAUUCUUCGAAUUUUCGGAAAAAUAUUAUAUGUACUUUUUCAGACAUUUCUGAUGUUAUAUUGAAUAAUAACGAUAAUAAAAAAAAAUAUAUAUCAGAGCAUGAUAAUUUAAAAAAUGUUGAAAAUGAAAAGAUAGAUAAAUUUUUAGAAGGAAUACCUAAAAGUAAUGAGAAAUGCAGUAAUAAUUUAAAUGACCUAUUUGUUAGAAGCAAAAAUGAUGCAGAUAUUGCGAACAAUUCAUUAUGCUCUACAAGUGAUGAAAAAACUGCUAGUGAUGAAAACGAUAUUAAAAUUGAUUGUUCAAAUAUUUGCAUUGAUAAAAAAGAAAAAAAACAUAUCAAAAUAUGCUUGGAAAAUAUAUUACCCAAAGAAGGCAACCAUGCAUAUAAAUUUUAUUGCAAUUACAAAUAUAUAGAUGAUAUAGACACCAAAAGUAAAACUAACACUGAAUUAUCAUUAAAAUUACUCAGUGAAAAUUUAAUAAAAUCGUUAUAUCUAACAUUUUAUUUAUUUGUUAAUAUCGAAAAACCGAAAGUGGAGUUAUUAUGGGGCAAUAAAAUAUCUCAUGAUAAAAGAAUAAAAUUUGAUUUCAAAUAUUUCAAUAAAAAGGCCUAUAAGAAAAUAGACAAAAUGUAUACAAAUCAGCUUAUCAAUGACAUAUUAUAUGAAGAUGUAAAUGAGAUAAAUGGAUAUUUUGAUGAAACAUUUUCACAAAAGAAAUGUCUAAAUAUAUAUUUCAUUAAUAUGAAAGAUAUAAAUUUUUAUACAUAUAUAUACACGAAGCUGUUUUUUGAAAUCAAAAAUAUUUAUAUAGAUUCUGAGGAGUUUGAUCAUACUAAUACUAGAAUUUAUCAUAUAAAAAGAAAAAGUAAGAUAUGCAUAAAAUUGGAAAUAGACGAAGUGAAGUUUCGAAAGGAAAUAAAAAAUAAGAUAAAUAGUCAAAAAGAAAAAAAGAAUGUAUAUGAAGAUUUUUUAAUAUUUCAAUAUUUAACAAGCGAAGAGCAUGAGAAAUUUAUAAUUGAAUGCAAUUAUAUUGUUCCAUUUUUAAUUAUGAAAGAAAAUAAAUAUAUAUUUCACGAAUUUAAUAAUUUGAAAAAGGAAAACCAAAUAAAAGAAAAUUGCAAAGAACUAAAUGAUGUUAUUAAUAAUAUUUCGGAUAAAAUAAAAGAGGAUCAAAUAACUUAUAACGAUGUUGAAAUAAAGGAAAAUGCAUAUUAUAUUAAUAUAAAAUUUAGUGAAUUAAAAUUGUAUAAAAUUUGUUUGUUCUUAUUUAACAUAACACAAAUCCCUAUUACUUGGACCAUAAAGGAAGAGGAUCAUAUAGAGCAAAAUUCUCAUUUAUCAAAAAAUGGCUUAAAUGAAAUAUUCCAUUUUAGUAAAACAAAAAAUGUAUUGUUUGGGAAAACAUAUGGUCCAUGUAAUACUGAUUAUGAAAAAGACGAAAAAAGAACAAACCCUUUUUUAUUUCCUAAUUAUAUAAUUGUGACAUUCGCCCCAAUAAUGGAGAAAGACAUUACCAAAAAAUAUUUCAUUGAUAUUGGAAAUGGAAACAAGAUUGACUUUUAUUUAAAAGGAAUUUAUGUACCAAAAAAUGGUGAUUAA